ACAGGUCUCCGCUGCAGUGUUGGCCUGGGUUUGUUGUUGGCGGGAAGAGUGUUGACUCUCGUGAUUUUCGAUCGUUAGUUCGUAUAAAAGUUGUGUUCCCUGACAUAUCAAGCGUUAAGAAAGAAGGUUUUCCUGGUGUGUGCCGGAGUGUUGUGCCAUAAAAGAUGAAACACCAUCAGCGGGAGUUGGUCACCCACCACCGCCAGUAUCCCCCAGGCACUACCUCCAUCUACUCUUACUUUGAGUCUCGGGGAGGCAGGUUCCCCUACACAGUGUUCUUUGGGCUCCAGUACAUUCUCAAGAGAUGGCUUCAGGGUCCUGUGCUGACCAAGGAGAUGAUUCAAGAAGCCAAAGAGCUAAUCAAAGUUCACAUGAGGGACAGAGAUGAUAUCUUCAAUGAGGAGGGUUGGAAUUACAUUUUGGAGAGGCAUGGUGGACGGCUACCCAUCCGAGUGUGUGCUGUGCCUGAAGGGAGUGUCGUGCCCACCAAGAAUGUGCUCUUUACUGUUGAGAAUACAGACCCCAUGGUGCCCUGGAUUACCAACUUCUUUGAGACAAUCUUUGUGCAAGUGUGGUACCCGCUGACUGUGGCAACAAACUCGCGCAUUCAGAAACAAGUGCUUCACCACUACCUUAAAGAAACACAUGAGAAUUUGGAUCCUUUGCCUUUUUCUCUGCAUGACUUUGGAUACCGAGGAUCAACCUCUGUGGAGAGUGCAGCUCUUGGAGGUGCAGCUCAUCUGGUUAACUUUCAGGGAACAGACACUGUAGCAGCAUUGUCUCUGCUCAGAAAGUUUUACCACUGUCCCAUGGCAGGAUUCUCCAUCCCUGCCUCUGAACACUCCACCAUCACCACCUGGGGUCAGCAUGGGGAGGUUGACGCUUGUCGCAAUAUGUUGGAGUCUUUCCCUGAAGGUAUUGUUGCUUGUGUAAGUGAUUCAUAUGACAUUUGGAAUUGCUGUGAAAAGAUAUGGGGAGAAGAACUGCGAGAUUUAAUCAUUAAGAGAGGCAAGACUGGAGGAACUCUGAUAGUGAGGCCAGACAGUGGAGAUCCUCCAGCCGUGGUACUCAAGUGUUUAGAAAUGCUUGGUAAAGCAUUUGGAGUCACAACAAAUAAAAAAGGCUUCAAGAUGCUUCCUCCAUACCUCAAAGUGAUCCAGGGGGACGGAAUAUCGUACAGAAUGAUUGCCACCAUUCUGGAGCACCUGAAGCAACAUGGAUGGUCAGCUGCUAAUGUUAGCUUUGGCAGUGGAGGUGCACUUCUCCAAAAGGUAAAUCGAGACACACAGAAAUGUGCAUACAAAUGCAGUCAUGCAGUGAUCAAUGGUGAGGGAGUGGAUGUGUUCAAGCAGCCUGUGACAGAUCCAGGCAAGACCAGCAAGAAGGGCCGUCUCUCACUCAUUCACACUGCUGAUGGCUCCUUCUCUACAGUCAGAGAAGACGAAGCAGAUCCUAAGCUGAAUUUGCUGGUUCCUGUGUUUGAAAAUGGAGAGCUGCUGCGGGACUAUACCCUGGAAGAGAUCAGGAAGAGGGCAGAGUUGAAUCCUCAAGACAUUGAUGUGAUGAAAUUCCUGAGUGAAAAUCAGGCAUGAAUAGGCACAUCAGCAGUGGAGUCCCUCAAAUAGAGACAACACACUCAUUUGUUUGUCAUGGCAUGCAUGGAAGCAUUUAAAUACCCCUCCUGCAGUGUGAUGGUUACACAUUUAUGCAUUCUAGAGCAAUCAGAAACAUAUGAGUUUCAUUUGUCUACUGCCAUCCAAUGUAAAUAAUGUUUUUUUUUUUUUUUUAUUGUUUUGACCAGUGUUUUUCAUCUUUCGCCAGUUCAUAAAAGUGCAAAUAUUGAUAAUGAAUUAAUAUCUUUUUUCUUCUUUUUCAUCAAAGAUGCAUAACGUAUUGGUCUUGCUCUGUUCACUUAGUGAUAAUCAAGUCAUUGUGGAUGGAAUGACACCUUUUUUUCUAGCAUUGUAAUGACUUACCAGUGUUAUUAGCUCUUAACUUUAAAUGUUCAUUGUGCAAUCUGAUGUGAAGUACAAGAAUGGAACAUAAUUAUGCAUAAUUUGUUAAGAAUAAAGACAUUUAUAAUAAUUGCAUUUCUGCUGCUGAUCAUUAUAUUAGAAUGUGGUGUUGUUUGGGCUUCCCCCACUUGAGGUCUGGCAUCAAUACACCUGUUAUAUAGGUGCUGAGUGACUGGUAUUCCAAAAGGUUAGAAGACUCAACCAUUGCCACCUAACCACACCUCAACACAAGCUCCCCCGCAACCCACCCUCAGGGUCUUCACAAUAUCUUUGGAAUAUUAAUAUGUGUACCAUGACCUCAAUGGCCUUGUAUAUUUUCUUAUUUUGUUAUACUCAUUUUUGCACAUAGGUAGCAAUGUAUGUUUGGUCUGUCUUUUGUAACGUGUGGGUGGUGUUUUGUAUUACAUGCUCCCUUUCAGUGUAAAUAGUGUAUGAUUACAGCAUGGAAGUGGAAGAGUGGAAUACAGUGAAAGCAAGUCUUGUAUGACUUUGCAUUCAUGCAAUCAAGAUAUUAUCUGCUAUUUUUCAUGAAUUUUAAUUGUUCAUUUUAGGAUCAAGAAAAAAAUUGAUUGAUAAUCCACAAGACAACAAAAUAUAUUAUGAAGCAUUUUCAAAUUGUUGAUGACACAUGUCAGGUCUGUCACAUUACAUAACACUCAUCAGGUACUGCACUAAAAGUCAGUCUUACACAGAAAGCAUUGUCCUUACAAAACUACCAUCCCAUUUUCAAUACCCCACUACUUUCAGUCAGUAUCUUGGAAGCAUUGAGAUAUUUUUCUGAAUGCAGGAGAAAUAGGCCAUGGGAAGUCAUCACCAGGGACUUAACUCCUAGCAAGACACUUUAUGUAUGUGAGUCUGAUACAUUAACAUUUAGUGCUAUGACACUGAAGGCCAGCCAGGAAAUCACUCGAGUCUUGAUGAUCACUUAUGGGUUGACUGAUAACUUGUCAGAAAAGUAUGCUUCCCAUGGCAUAGGUUUGGUAUCAUUAAGGGCAUCAAAUGGGAAAUUUAUCAUGUCUUCAGAUAAAUUUUGUCAUUGUAUUUAUGAUUAUAGAAAGCUGAGUAUCAACCAAUUUGAGAAAAUCACUUGAGGUUUGAUUGGAUUCUGGUCAGCCUCAACUGUCCUGCUACUAUGCUUUUGACAUGUAUUUUCAUGCCAAAUCUAUGCUGAAGAUCAGACAGUUUAACAAAAAAGAAAAUACUCCCUGUGUAAUACUGUCUUCAGGCAAAAGUCUCAGCACUGACUUGUGUAUCACAUAUUCCAAAGUUAAAUGAUUGAAACACAUCUAUUCCUUAUUCAAAAACAAAUGUUGACAUAAAAUUGCUCUCUCUCUCUCUCUCUCUCUCUCUCUCUCUCUCUCUCUCUCUCUCUCUCUCUCUCUCUCUCUCUCUCUCUCUCUCUCUCUCUCUCUCUCUCUCUCUCUCUCUCUCUCUCUCUCUCUCUCUCUCUCUCUCUCUCUCUCUCUCUCUCUCUCUCUCUCUCUCUCAUGAAACAUUUCUUUCCCUGGUCAGUUUUGCUGUACAGGUUUCACAAUUGUUGUGAGAGUGGCCAGGCUUUGCCUCCCAGUCCUGCCACUUAUUGUUCAUCUUGUUAUGUUUGUAACUGAUAUGAUUGCCCUUCAAAGUGACAUGCUAAGAAGGUGCAUUAUUUUUGUCAUUAAUAAAAUUACUUUAUUA